UUCACUCCGAGGGGCGCAUCCUCUUUUUCGCACAUCUCUCUUCUGUGUUUGCUGUGUCCUCACGAAAGACUUUUCUUGAAACACAGCGUUUCAAAAAAAACAAACAAGUGUUGCCUCUAAGAUGGCUAUGGUAAAGAGUGGUUGGCUCCAUCGACAAAGUACCAUUCUGCGUCGGUGGAAGAAGAAUUGGUUUGACCUGUGGGCCGAUGGACGACUUGUGUUCUAUUAUAACCAACAACGGCGUGACAUGGAGGACGACAUCCACCUGAGGGUCGACUGCAUUAACAUCCGCAACUCUGCUGCGUGUCAAGAGCUGAACCCACCGGAAGGGAAGACGCGUGACGCUCUGCUCCAGAUAGUGUGCAGAGAUGGACGGGUCAUCAGCCUGUGUGCGGACAGUGCAGAUGAUGCUCUGGCAUGGACCAUGGCACUGCAGGAUGCCAGAAUUAAUAUGGUGGUUGCUUCUCCUCAGGUCGGAUUUGCACAGGAAGUGAUGGCAUCUGCUCCGCCCCCCUACUCAGAAUAUGCCCCACCCCAGCAGGGUUUUGCCCCGGGUCUGUAUGGAGAGUACGUUACAGCGCCACAACAGGCUACACAGAUUGUAUACUCUGCUGAUGGGCAGCCCUACGCUGUAGCUUAUCCCUACCAGUACCAAGGUGGGUACCCUGCUCCUGGAGUGAACCACGUUGUUAUUCGCGAACGCCAGCGUGACGACGGAGGAGAUGUGGCCCUGGGCAUGCUCGCUGGAGCAGCAACUGGUCUGGCACUUGGCUCUCUGUUUUCUGUCUUCUAGUAGCUUGAUUAUUGUGCAUUUAGCAGCACACUGUUACCCCGUACUUGCAGCAUUUGGCUUCUUCUCUGUGCCAUCACAUGAGUUGGAGUAAAAUGUGUCUGUUGGGCUACUUCCAUCUAUGAAGCAUGAUUGUGAUGGGCAGUGAAUUACUCCGUAUGUGUCCUAUAUAUAUACAGUAAAUACUGUUAGCACUUUCUCAUAUGCCUUAUGUGGCAGUUCCCCACCUCCUUUGUGUUGUCUGAAUAGGAAUGUUCUUAACCAAAAAAUACAACCAUUACUCACUUUUAAGAGUUAUUUAAAUGAUGGGAAACUACUCCUUUUAUGUACAUUUCAGGUCCUCUCAGUGUUUUUCAAGGGUGUUUCAUGGAGCACAUUUGUUCUUUAUAUUUGCAGAAUUACCUUAAUAGAUGUGUUACUGGUGUUUUUUUUUUUUUUUACUGGUUUGUGUUCAUCUCUAUGUAUACUGUAUUUUUACGUUGUUACAUAUAUUACUUGUCUGUUUCGGGUUGUGAAUAAUGCAGUGUUUUUUCGGCUCCUCCGUUUAUUUGUGGUGGACGCAGUCUGAGAGUAGAAUUGUGUAAAGAGGAGUGCACACACAUACACAAAGCAAUAAUGACCUACAUUGUAGCAUAUUGAACCCCAUUUGGUGGAAUCUGGUUGUGAUGGAUGUCCGAUGUUGUCAUCACCACAAAUAAGUCUACGUAUGAACAAACACUGGCAUUUACACAAUGUGCUUUGAAGUGAAAAGGGACGUCACUCCUCAUACUCAUAUAUCUGCAUGCAUUAUUUAUGUUUUUAUUUUUUCAUUGGCAGCUGUUGCCUCAUACUUGUCAUUUCAUUUGAAAUGUGUAUGAAUUGAUAUUUUGGUUUUCAUUUCAUUAGGCCCGGUGCAGUAUGCACAAACACCAAUCAGGUCAGUCUCUUGAGAUUUAGUUACAUUUUAGUUGGCCGGGAUUUUUAUUUUUCAAUCCAAAUGACUUGAAUAUUGUCAGAUUUUCCCCAUUAUUCAUCUUAAUUAUAGCUGUAUUGACCUUGUAUUCUGCUCAGUAGAACAUUUGUGGUCUGCUUUUCAAAAAAAGAGACUUCAUAUCUUUAUCAAUGGCACUAACGGAAGAUGUAGGAGACUUGUAUUUCCAAAUUAUUCCAUUUUAGCAAAUGAUCAGCUUGUGCAAGCAGAGUAACAUUGAUGUCAUUUUUCUACAGGGCUUAAAUUGUUUAAUAAUGUGAAAAUUAACUAUAUCAUUAAUUAUAUUUCUCUUAUCAAAUGUACGAAUUAAACCACGAUCUACCCUGCAUAUAAAAUACAAAUAUAUGACACUUAACUAAGAGAUGUAUUUUAACAAUUAAAUAUAUUCACAAAGUUAA